AUGAGAGCUCAUAAAGAAUCACACUUGCUCAUAUGUAUAUGUUUAUUUUUGUUUUCUUUCUCUUCCCAUACGUCUUCAACCAGUUCACUAUUUUGUAGAUUACAGAGACAAUUUAAUCUGAAUGGAAUGCAAAAAUUUGGGGAUGUUAUUCUGGGAGGGAUCUUUGAGAUCAACUUUUUCUCUGCAUUUUCUGAACAUUUUACUUCAGAGCCAAACGAUCCCAUCUGCUAUGGCUUUGAUCUUGUAGGUUUCAGACAGGCCCAGACCAUGGCCUUUGCUGUUGAUGAAAUAAACAGAAACUCCCAACUGCUACCUAAUAUAUCGUUGGGAUACAGUCUUUAUGAUAGCUGCGGCAAACUAGGGAUCUCAUUCCGUGCAGCUCUUUCUAUGACCAGUGGGAGAGGAGAGCCGUUUCAAUUAAAUCAGAGCUGUUACCGGAAUCCUCCUGUGCUAGGAAUUGUGGGAGAUUCUUCCUCAACACGUACUAUUGCUGUUUCUAGCAUGGUAAGCUUGUACAGGGUACCAAUGGUGAGUUAUUUUGCCACAUGUUCCUGUCUGAGUGACAGGAGCCGGUUCCCAUCUUUCUUUAGAACUAUUCCAAGUGAUGCAUUUCAGGUGCGAGCAAUGCUCCAAAUUCUCAGGCGGUUUAACUGGACUUGGUUUGGCCUGUUGAUCAGUGAUGAAGACUACGGUCGCCACGCCGCCCGAUCCUUCCAGGCUGACCUGGCCGAGUCUGGUGGAGGCUGUCUGGCUUAUCUAGAGGUUCUGCCAUGGGUGAAUGAUGUGGCUGAACUGCGGAGGAUUGUUAGCAUUAUGAAGAAAUCCACAUCCCGUGUGGUUAUUGUUUUUGCACAUCAAAGCAACAUGCUUAAUCUCAUGGAAGAGGUAGUAAAGCAGAAUGUAACAGGCCUACAGUGGAUGGCCAGUGAGGCCUGGACUGCAGCCAAAGUACUCCAUACUCCCAGCUACAUGCCUUUUCUUGCAGGCACUCUGGGCAUUGCCAUUCGCCGAGGGGAAAUAACAGGACUCAGGGAAUUCCUACUGAGGAUACGCCCUGACAAUGACACACUCAGCAGCCAGGACAACAACAACUUAGUGAAGCUAUUUUGGGAGCACAUAUUCCAGUGUAAAUUUGAUUCCCCUGGAAUAGAGGUGGGAGAGAAGGAAAGACUAUGCACAGGGAAUGAGGUUCUAAGGAAUGUAGAGACUGAAUUCCUGGAUCUGUCUAACCUCAGGCCAGAGUAUAAUGUGUACAAGGCAGUAUAUGCCCUGGCACAUGCUCUACAGGACAUGAUGCAGUGUGUUCCAGGGAGUGGGCCUUUCAAAGGUCAAAGCUGUGCCAGUUUACAGGGACUAGAGCCAUGGCAGAUCAUAUAUUACUUGCAAAGGGUCAAUUUCAGCACAGAGUUUGGUGACCAAGUGUCAUUUGAUGAGAAUGGAGAUGCUUUGCCAAUCUAUGAUGUAAUGAACUGGAGGUGGCUCCCAGAUGGAAGAACAGAGGUUAAAAAUGUGGGAGAGGUCAAAGAAUUGGCUUCAAAAAUAGUUGAUCUCAUCCUUGAUGAAGAUAAAAUCUUUUGGAAUUUUGAAUCCAAAAAGCCUCCCAGGUCACUGUGUAGUGAGAUCUGUCCUCCAGGCACCCGCAUGGCCAGAAAGAAGGGUGAACCUGUAUGCUGCUUCGACUGCAUCCCUUGUUCAGAAGGAAAAGUUAGCAAUGAAACUGAUUCAACCGAAUGUACCAACUGUCCAAAAGAUUUCUGGUCCAACCUCCGGAAGGAUCACUGUGUACCCAAACGCAUGGAAUUUAUUUCCUACGUUGAACCCCUUGGAAUCUCACUGACCACUGCCUCAUUAUUUGGAGCACUUUUAUGCACCAUUGUUUUGGGAAUCUUCACUCAUCAUCGGACCACGCCAGUGGUCAGUUAUUUUGCCACAUGUUCCUGUCUGAGUGAUAGGAGGCAGUUCCCAUCAUUCUUUAGAACAAUUCCAAGUGAUGCAUUUCAGGUGGUAAAACAGAAUGUAACAGGACUACAGUGGAUGGCCAGUGAAGCCUGGAGCGCAGCCAAAGUGCUCCAUACCCCCAGCUACAUGCCUUUCCUAGCAGGCACUCUGGGCAUUGCCAUCCGCCGGGGAGAGGUACCAGGACUCAGGGACUUCCUACUGACCCUACGCCCUGACAAUGAGACACUUGGCAGCCAGGACAGCACCUUAGUGAAGCAGUUCUGGGAGAACGUAUUUCAGUGUAAGUUUACAUCCUCUCACGGAGAAUUAUUGGAUGGGUCUACUUCGGAAAGAAUAUGUACAGGGAAUGAGGUGCUAAGGAAUAUAGAGACUGAAUUCCUGGAUCUGUCUAACCUCAGGCCAGAGUAUAAUGUGUACAAGGCUGUAUAUGCCCUGGCACAUGCCCUUCAGGACAUGCUGAAGUGUGUUCCAGGGAGAGGGCCUUUCAAAGGUCAAGGCUGUGCCAAUAUAAAAAGAAUAGCUCCAUGGCAGCUGUUAUAUUAUUUGGAAAGGGUCAAUUUCACAACAACCUUUGGUGAUCAAGUGUCAUUUGAUGAGAAUGGGGAUGCUUUACCCAUCUAUGAUGUGAUGAACUGGAUGUGGCACCCAGAUGGAAGCACAGAGGUUAAAAAUAUGGGAGAGGUCAAAGAAUUGGCCUCUAAAGUCGAUCAUCUUAUCCUUGAUGCAGAGAAAAUCUUUUGGAAUUUUGAAUCAAAAAAGCCGCCCUGGUCAGUAUGUAGCGAGAGCUGUCCCCCAGGCACCCGCAUGGCCAGGAAGAAAGGUGAACCUGUCUGCUGCUUCGACUGCAUCCCUUGUUCAGAAGGAAAAGUUAGCAAUGAGACAGAUUCAACAGAAUGUUUCAACUGUCCAGAGGAUUAUUGGUCCAACCCCAAACAUGAUCACUGCAUUCCCAAAAGCAUGGAAUUUCUCUCCUACGUUGAACCCCUGGGCAUCUCUCUGACCACAGCUUCAAUAUCUGGUGCACUUUUAUGCACUGUUGUUAUUGGAGUCUUCACCUAUCAUCGUACCACGCCAGUGGUUAGGGCCAACAACUCAGAGCUUAGCUUCCUCAUUCUGCUGUCACUCAAACUAUGCUUCCUCUGCUCCUUGCUUUUCAUUGGUCAACCAAGGCUCUGGACUUGUAAGUUGAGGCAUGCAGCGUUUGGGAUCAUUUUUGUUCUGUGUGUCUCGUGUAUCCUGGUGAAGACCAUGGUAGUUCUGGCAGUAUUCAAGGCCUCCAAACCAGGUGGUGGUGGUAGUCUGAAGUGGUUUGGGGCAAUGCAACAGAGAGGGACUGUUGUAUUUCUGACUUUAAUCCAAGCAGCAAUUUGUACAACCUGGCUUGUGACUUCCUCACCGACUCCUCAUAAAAACACACAGUAUCACAAUGACAAGAUCAUUGUUGAAUGUCUAGUAGGGUCUACGGUAGGAUUUGGAAUAUUACUGAGCUAUAUAGGCUUACUGGCUAUACUCAGCUUUAUGCUUGCAUUCCUUGCACGCAAUCUACCAGAUAACUUCAAUGAGGCCAAGUUUAUCACCUUCAGCAUGCUUGUAUUCUGUGCUGUUUGGAUAGCCUUUAUUCCAGCUUAUAUCAACUCCCCUGGUAAAUAUGCAGAUGCUGUAGAGGUAUUUGCCAUUCUAGCUUCCAGUUUUGGGCUGUUGCUGGCCCUUUUUGGACCAAAGUGUUUUAUAAUUCUUCUAAAGCCUGAGAAAAACACCAAGAAAGCUUUAAUGGGUCGAGGCACACCAAGAUCAUAG